AUGAAGGCCUCGUCAUCUGACGCGGCAGAAGAACCGACUAAAGGAUCUGCGUUUUAUCUUUCUACUUUGCAACCCUCUACAGCAGUGGUAUCGGCUAGGGCGAUUUGUGAAGGAAAAUACCUCGUGGUUGGCCGUGUGGCUAGCAGGAUUCAAAUUUUCGGUCCAUUUGGGAAAGUUGGCGGAGAGGAUUUUGAGGCGGCGUCUGCUGAUGUGAUGGAGAAUGGACCGCUGUUGGAAGUGCCGGUGAUGGGCAGGCUGAUGGUGAUGGAAGUUAUUCGAGAAAGAAAAGAAUAA